AUUUGGCGCUGAUCUCGCUUUCAAACCUCCUUGCCUGACUGAAUCUGCGAGCUUGUCAUCGUCGAUCUCGUCUUACAUCAUGGGGGAUAUCGAUGGAGAACUGCGAUUUGAGAUUCUUCAGGGCAUGGUUAAAAUCAACUGGGCACCUGAAGAUGGCACGCUGAUCCUCGAGGACUCGGACUCCGAGUACGAGAACCGUCCAGUCAGCGACAGCCAGGCCAUCAGCUCCUGCGACCGGAAGCAAGUGAAGGUCGUCGAACAUCAUUCUUUAACCGCAAGCUCGGUGCAAAACAUCUCUCGAGAGAUCCAAGGCGCGAUCCCUGAUAUGCAGGAGAAUGAUGCCCAGCAAUUUGGGAUGCAUGCCAAGAAGCAUAACGGACGCAAGAUCAAUGACCAAAAGUCAAACACAGUCGUCGAGCAUAUGCCCGUUCACGAUGACAUCCCCGACAUUGACUCGGAGCCGGAUGACAUGGGACCCUCAACCAAUAGCAAGUCUCUGAGCUACCCCUCUUCUGUAGUGCAGUCCAACGUGCUCAUCGAAGAUGAUCUCCAACGCAAGCAGCAGACUCAAGAGCAAUGCAAGCCUGUGGCGUUGUUUACGGGUCUGACCGAUCUGCAUUCUCGGAUUACCGUCCCGUUCACGCCCUACUGCAUUUGUUACACGCCCGGUACGCUUCCGGUUGGACAGCGCCCUACACUCGUCGUUCAUGCCACAGAUUUCCAGGCGCUCUAUCACUCGGUCAUGGCCGGAACCUUCACUGAUGAAAGUUCGUCUUUCCUCUCUUCUUCAUCGUCGUCGUCCACCAUCGUUUCGGCGGGAGCAAGUAAGGACUACCAAGGAGAAGACAAACAACAAGACUCGCUCGAACACGAAUUGGAAGAAAAACCGACAUUCCUCCCCGUCUGCGAGAAGAAAGAAGUCGCGCAUGUCCGCCGGUUGCUGUCGCUCACGCAUGUCAAGUACAUCCCCGGCGGCAAGCACGGCGUGUGGACCGUCGAGGAAAUGGCCAAGUUCCGCAAGAAAGAUGUUCGAAAGCUUCUCGGCGAUGACUUUGUCGAUCAUCAUGAGCCGUCCGUGCUAGGAACCGGGGUUGAGCACCUUGUCAAGUGGUGGUCGGCUAGGUCCAAGUAUUUCAAAGUCGUGCCUCCCAUCCUGCUUGCCGCGCUUUUCGUCGGAUGGAUGCUUGGAUGCACCAUCUAUCAAUACACGGUGUGCUUGUACCCUCAUGAGAUCCGAUGUGAGAGCAUCCCGUUUGCUAGCGUGCCCGAGCCGACUACGGCGCUCGACGGCAAUACCUCGACCACUCCGACGGCGGUGGCGUCGAUCUCGGCUUCGGAGAAGCCGGCUGCUGCCGAUGCGGGAGCGAUGGUGACAACCAUUACCUCGAUCGCGCUGGCGAGGCCAACAAGCGAUGUUAUGGUGCGAGAUAGAUAUACCGAAGUGGGAUUGUUCGGGCGCUCCACUGCGGAUUUGCAUAAAGGUAUGUGUUGCGCUGCUCUGCUCGACAUCCUUUUCAUCAUGUACCUCUCUCUCUCACUCCUCCUACCUUCCUUUUGAACGUCUUUCAGGCCGACCCCAUGAAGAGAAGUCGCCCACUGCAUCGCAAGUUACAAGCACUGCAGCGCCUAUUCUUACCCCGCCUGAGCGCAUCGCCGUUACAUCGAGCGUCCAGCCUCUAGCGAGCAAGGAGAUCCUUCCGACCCCGGUUGCUCAAGAAGGCAUUCCAACAGUUC